AUGGAGCGACGGAGCAGAUCACUGGUCGCACUUUUUUCAGCUGUCGUUUUUGUCGUCACAGCCGGCUUUCUCUUACGACCGGGGCGCGACGGCAGCCAGCAUGUCGACAUAGCACUGGCAUCAUCAUCGCGCUUCCAGGCACCAAAGCAAAAUGUCUGGUCAGAUCUCACCAGGCGUGAAGCUGAUGAAGUAUAUGGUUUUCUCCGGAAGGAAUGGGCUGAUCUCAACUUGACGAAAACUCCCAAGGAUGCUGCGGACAACUUCAUCGUCACGCUCGAGACCUUGCAGCCAAACAAGUCGCAUGCACUUCCGUACAUUUUGGAGGAUAGGAACAGGCCAGACCGAUGGGCAAAAGUCGUUCUUUCACAUAACACAGAAGAAGGCCCUCUUCUCAGCUACUAUGCUGUCGGACCGCUUCCCAUCUCGGCCCAAACGGGCGUCCAGCCCCUGGUCUAUCCAUUUAACUCGGGUCGCAAUUCCGUUCCCAAUCUGAUGGCCGAUUUCGCCGGCAGUUCCCAAUUCGCGCUGUCGCUGGCAGAAAACAUAUCUGAUAUCACGACCGAGCUCCUCGGAGCCAAGGCCAACUUGGAGAACCCUUUUGAUCCCAAUGCCCUGCAGGCUUUCCCCCGAUUCACCCGUCUUGAACCCGACCUAGUUGUUGGGUGGAUACAGUUCUUCAGGCCUGGUAUGGGAAGUUCUGGCCGAACACUACUUCCGCAAGGGCUUUACGUCCGAGUUGAUGCCAGCAAAGAUGUCAGCCAGUGGAAGGUUGGGGAAUGGUUCUACAACGGCCAAAUGUUCGAUAGCGUGGAAGGCCUGCGCAGCGCGAUACGCGACCCUGACAGUGGCUUCUUGAAAACCAAAGCAAACCUGGACGGCCACUGGACUGACACGGAAGACUUCGACGCCCGGCCAGAUGGGCACGAACUCCCGCCUCCAGUCUCGAUCCAGCCACUGGGGCCUCGCUACAAGCUUGACAAGACGGAGAAAUACGUCUCAUGGUUCGGGUUCGAGUUCUAUCUGACUACUACCCAAGCCACAGGCGUCAGCGUCUUCGAUAUUCGCUUCAGAGGGGAACGGGUUAUGUAUGAGCUGAGCCUUCAGGAAGCCCUGGCGCACUACGCCGGUGAUGACCCUAUGGCGGGCGGCCAAGAGUUCCUCGAUGCGUUCUUCGGAAUGGGCACCAUGGCCUUCGAGCUGGUCCCGGGCUACGACUGCCCGGGAUAUGCCGACUACCUGGACACGGAGAUACACCGCAGCGGCAACACGGAAAGAUUGCCCAACAACAUCUGUAUCUUCGAGUUCACCUCGGACUACCUCCUUUCCCGCCACACAGCGCAAUACUCAGUCACUGCCUCCAGGAACACCUUUUUGACGAUUCGGUCCGUCUCCACUGUUGGAAACUACGAUUACACCGUAGACUACAUCUUCUACCUCGACGGCACAAUCGAAGUCAAGGUCAGGGCGUCAGGGUACAUCUACGGCGCGUUCUAUGCCAACAACCCCUACAAGAACGAGGACGAGUACGGCCACCGCGUCCACGAGGCCCUGUCGUCCUCGCUCCACGACCACGUCAUCAACUUCAAGGCAGACCUCGACGUCGCCGGCUCAGCCAACGACAUGGUCCGCCUGGCCGUCGAGCCCACCACCACCAGCUACCCCUGGGACCAGCCCUACGUGAAAGAGCGCAACACGAUGCACCUAAAGGAGUACCCCGUGACGCAUGAGGCCGGACUGGACUGGCCCAAGAACUCGGGCGAGUUCUUCCUCGUGUACUCGGCGGACGCGAAGAACGCGUGGGGCGAGCGCAAGGGCUACCGCGUCGUCUCCGGCACGGGGAUGGGCAACACGCCGCACCUGACGGUCCUGAACUCGACCUCCUUGGGGGCCAGCGCGCGGUGGGCGGAGCGGGAUAUCUGGGUCGUGCGGCGCAAGGACGAGGAGCCGCGCGCUGCGGAUCCGCUUAGCUUCCUCGACACGCCGAACCCGCUCGUGGACUUCGGGGGGAUCGCGGACGGGGAGGACCUGGAGAGGGGCGACGAGUACGAUGGGGACCUGGUGGUGUACUUCAACGUCGGGAGUCAUCACGUGCCGCACUCCGGGGACAUCCCCAACACGCUUAUGCACACUAGUGCGUCGAGUGUUAUGUUUGUGCCGCAUAACUUUGCGGACAGGGACCCCAGCCGUGAGAGCGUCCAGGGCGUCAGGCUGCAGCUCAAGGGCACGAAGAGUGGCGGGUUUGCUGGGUUCCCAGGUCUCAAUCCGGAUGAUGAGGAUCAGUCGAGUACCGAAGACCUGAGGAGCCGGGAGAAGAGGGGUGGGAAGGACAAGGGUGGGUACAAGAUGCACGAGGGUGCCAACUACUUCGGUACGCCGUACACGGAGGGAGUUCAUGUGCCUCUUGAAGCACUGGAGCCGAACCUGGAGAAGACGUAUGAGAGCGAGGAGAUCAGGGUCAGUGACCUGGGCUUGAAUGGGAGCGCGGCAGGACUAUGGUUUCCUUGA